UUCAGCAAGUGAGCGCUGGGUGUUUGCAUGCGUGGGCUGAUUAGUGGGUUGGGAAGACGAGACUCUCUCUGCCUCGCUUUCUCACUCUGCCUCUCUCUCUUUCGCUGUGGCUCGGCCCCGUUUCCCGCUUUGGCUGUGGUGCAGGGGGAAGUGUUUAUAUGGGGGAUGAUGACAGAGGUCGGGUCGCGCUAAUGGGCCAGUGAAGAGCGGCGGAGGGAGGCGAGGCGAGGAGAGGCGAGGCGAGGCGCACACAGCAGACCAGGAGCACAUACAUUAAUACACUUGUUCCAUCACCAAUCAGCAUAGGGAUAUCCCCUCCGUCUCCGCCGAAGAGCACUGGAAACUAAUUUUUCCUCUUCUAAACUUCCCGAGAGAGACUGAUCCUGGUCGGCUUUUUUUUCUUCUUCUCUCUUUCUUUGGUUUGGAGGCUGUAGCCUGUAGUUUACCAAGGACUUUGACAACGACGCAGGAUGCCCCAAAAAGAAUACCACAACCAAGCCACGUGGGAGUCUGGCGUAGCCUCAAUGAUGCAGAACAAGGUGUAUGACAUCUGUGAUGAAGGUCACAGUGGCGUAAACCAGCUUGGUGGUGUGUUUGUUAAUGGUAGACCGCUGCCGGAUUCCACCAGGCAGAAAAUAGUUGAACUUGCUCACAGUGGUGCUCGACCCUGCGACAUCUCCAGGAUACUGCAGACCCAUGAUGAAGUCCAAGUGCUGGACAGUGAAAAGGUAUCCAACGGCUGUGUGAGCAAGAUCCUGGGUAGAUAUUAUGAAACUGGCUCCAUAAGACCGAGAGCAAUUGGCGGCAGCAAGCCCAGGGUCGCCACUCCAGAGGUGGUCGCAAAAAUCGCGCAGUACAAGCGGGAGUGUCCGUCUAUCUUCGCGUGGGAGAUCCGUGACAGACUUCUGUCGGAGGGGAUCUGCACCAACGACAAUAUACCCAGUGUGUCAUCAAUAAACAGAGUCCUCCGCAACCUGGCUAGUGAAAAGCAACAGAUGGGCGCAGAUGGCAUGUAUGACAAGCUGAGAAUGCUCAACGGUCAGACAGGAACUUGGGGGACCCGGCCCGGCUGGUACCCCGGAACAUCAGUGCCAGGGCAGCCCAACCAAGAUGGCUGCCAACAACAGGACGGUGCAGGGGAAAACACAAACUCCAUCAGCUCGAACGGAGAGGAUUCGGAGGAGACACAGAUGCGGCUGCAGCUCAAGAGGAAGCUUCAGAGAAAUCGCACGUCCUUCACACAGGAGCAAAUCGAAGCGCUGGAAAAAGAAUUCGAAAGAACUCAUUAUCCAGAUGUUUUCGCGCGAGAAAGACUAGCGGCAAAAAUCGACCUGCCCGAGGCAAGGAUACAAGUAUGGUUCUCAAACAGAAGAGCGAAGUGGAGGCGAGAGGAGAAGCUGCGGAACCAGCGCCGGCAGGCCAACAACUCCUCCAGUCACAUCCCCAUCAGCAGCAGCUUCAGCACCAGCGUCUACCAGGCCAUCCCUCAGCCCACCACACCGGUGUCUUUCACCUCGGGGUCAAUGCUGGGUAGACCUGACUCUGCACUCACGAACACCUACAGCGCGCUGCCCCCCAUGCCCAGCUUCACCAUGGCAAACAAUCUACCUAUGCAACCCAGCCAGACCUCCUCUUAUUCCUGCAUGCUGCCUACCAGUCCGCCUGUGAACGGGCGGAGCUACGACACAUACACGCCCCCUCAUAUGCAGGCACAUAUGAACAGCCAAUCAAUGACCACUUCUGGUACCACCUCAACAGGACUCAUCUCUCCUGGAGUGUCUGUCCCUGUCCAAGUCCCAGGGAGCGAGCCUGACAUGUCUCAGUACUGGUCAAGACUACAGUAGAGAGAAGAGCUACUUCACCCUGUAACCACCCACUCCACCAUCGCCCUCCGGCAGUGCUCCUCACACAUACACGGCACAGGAGAGUAGAGAAGCGAGAGAGGGUUGAGAAGAGGCAGCAGACAGGAGAGGAGGAAAGAAAGAACUAGAGAGACUCUGGGAGAGCCUUGGGACGUCUGGGCUUUGUUUUUUUCCAGUGGGACAGUGUGCUGUUAUGUAGCCCUAGGCACAUUCAAAUGAGGACAUGGAAGAGAGAACAACGGUGGAAAGACGGGAAAAAAAAUGGACCUCUGUAAAGUGCCCGGUGUUAAAUUUUUACGGAACAAAAACUUAUCUGUUUUUUUUUUUUGUUUUUGUUUUUUUUUUCUAUUUCCAACUUCAGUCAUUGUUUCCUUUUUUUCUCUGGUGUGUUUGUAAAUGGCCAUUUGUAUGUUAAUAUGAAAAACCAAGAUCAAGUACUGAUAGAUGGACUGCUAGAAAACCAUGUUGGUCUUGCGUUUGUUUGCGAGAGGAGAACUUGAGAGAUUCUGCCACGACUAUCUUUUAAUCUGCUUAUAUCGAGACUUUCUACCAGCCUUUGCAUGGUCUCUGGACGCUGUCGCAUAUCAUUAAAGACAAAAAGCUGGAGGGAAGACUCUUACUGUGUCAAAAAAAAAAAAGAAACCCAACUAUUUAUUGGUCUUAUUUCUAUGAAUGGACAUUUAGCAGAGGAAACUUGAACUCGAUCCACCCACUGACGCUGGGGUCUUGGCUCCUCUGACGCGGGCUCGCAUUUGGUGGCUUAUUAGACGCGGAUCACUAUCAACAGCUCGGCCUGUGCAAAGACGGUGCGACAUGCAACACAACCUGGACCUCUUGCUUCGGUGGUGGAUUGACUCUAGAUCACCAUGAAGAACACUAAACGUGGAAAAACAGGUGUAAAAGAAAACCUGUAGUCUGUAAAUGGUAGACUGCGUCUUCGAUAUAAUCCAGUUUGUUUAUGUCAAAAUGUAACGUACUUGUCUUCCCUAGAAAUCUUCCAGAAAGAUUUCUCCAAUAAAAGUUGAUUUCAUUUAUA